AUGUCUAAGUCUCGGAUCGUCCAGCUUGCCCAGCUUAUCAGCUCUGGAAUAACCGCCAUAGAUGCACAUCUUGGUGAUAACGGUCUUCCCACGCCGUCGUUCAAUCCAGACAGUCCCGUUGAGGCUGUCACACAAGAAGAUAUGGUGAGAGUAAAGAACGAAGUUCUCGAGGCUACUAUCGAACUUCGGCAGCUCCUUGAAGGGCCUAUGAAGCUUCUUCUGCCAGAGUCAAAUUUCGCACCCUUGGCUGCUGUCUAUAACUUUGACAUUGCUUCAAAGGUUCCUAUUGACGCAACAAUCUCCUUUGCUGAUCUAGCAGCCAAAUGCAACAUUCUUGAACAUGAUAUCCAACGUAUCGUUCGCUACACAGCAGUACAUCACCGCGUCUUUUCAGAACCUCAGAAGGGCUAUGUAGCGCACACCGCAGCGUCAAAACUUCUCGCUGAGAGCCAGGUAGCGCGGGACUUGAUGGGCCUUACGUUCCAAGAAUGCUGGCCAGCACAUAGUCGGGCCGUUGAGGCCAUGGCAUACCAGAGCGAAGACGCAGGCGUAUCCGGCUACGCCCUAGCCAACGACUUCGCUAAUUCUUCUAUGACUACCUUUGAUUUUCUAUCAAAGAAUGCAGCCCGCGCUCAGCAGUUUGCUCGUGCAAUGGGCUCAACUUCAGCUAGCAGUAUGGAUGCGCUGAGCAACUAUUUCGACUGGGCUAAUGUGCCUCAGGGGGGUAAAGUUGUCGAUAUUGGAGGUUCCCGAGGCCAUGUUAGCAUCCACCUCGCGCGAAAAUAUCAACAUCUCGUAUUCGUGGUUCAGGACCUCCCAAAUGUAAUUGAAGGUGUUGCAGCUGGGAAUUGGCAAGAUGUGGAGGACAGAAUCCAGUUCAUGCCGCACGACAUGUUCUCCGUACAGCCGGUCAAGAAUGCAGAUGUCUAUUUUCUGCGGUUCGUCCUUCAUGACUGGCAGGAUUCGUAUUGUGUCAAAAUACUACGGAACUUAGUCCCAUCUCUGAAAAAGGGGGCCAUGGUCGUCAUCCAGGACCACCUUCUACCAGGUCCAGGUACCAUGACGUUAUUGCAGGAAAUGCAAGUUCGGUCUAUGGAUGCUAUAAUGCUUUCUCUGUUCAACUCUAGAGAGCGUGAUGAGGACGACUGGAGGCAGCUUUUUUCAAAUGCAAGUACUGGAUUUACACUCAUAACGAUCAAACGGAUUCCUGAAAGCCCGACAACCGCUAUAAUUACUGCUGAAUGGUCAGGUAACGGCCAUAUCGCAGGGUAG